GUUUCCCUACAACCUGGGGUUCUCAGAGAUUAAUGGAAGGAAAUACAAGGGGUUUGCACAAAACUUGGCUACUUGCAGAGCCUGCAGUUGUAUAUCCUGCUUAGUGGGAGUAGAAGCUGUUGAUAACACUUGCAACUUGGCCAGAAACCAGUUUGCUAAGAAAUGAUCAGGAAAGAUAUUAACCUUUCUUGGUUUUCAUAGCCAUUUCCAAAACUAGGUGUGAAUUUAGGGAUAAAAGCAAACAAUUCCUUUAUUUGGUGCUUUGGGGAUUAUCCAGUCCUUUGAUGUGCAACAAGAAGACUCCCACGUGCACGAAGCCUGGGAAGGAGGUGCUGGGGGGACCUGUGCUCUCCCUCUCUGCGACGUGGUUCCUUCCCCUCGAACAUGGGCUGGGUGUUGCUGGCAUGUGAGCUCUGUGAUCUUUGCAGGGAGGUGGCCAUGCAUGGCUCCCAUUGGCUUUCAGUGCUCUCCCUGUGCCUUCCGCCUUGCUCUUAUCCAGCUCCAUGUAUCUGCUGUUAAAUCAGAUAAUCUCCAACGAGCCUGUGGACUGGUGAGAGAAGCAUCAGCUAAAGGAGCAAAACUUGUGGCUCUGCCUGAAUGCUUUAAUUCUCCAUAUGGAACCCAAUACUUUAAGGAGUAUGCAGAGAAGAUCCCCGGGGAAUCAACACAACACCUGUCAGAAGUUGCAAAGGAGUGCAGCAUAUAUCUCGUUGGAGGAUCCAUUCCAGAAGAGGAUGGUGGAAAGCUCUAUAAUACAUGUACUGUCUUUGGGCCUGAUGGUGCUCUUCUGGCAAAGCAUAGGAAGGUUCAUUUGUUUGACAUUAAUGUUCCUGGGAAGAUACAGUUCAAAGAGUCUGAAACACUGAGUCCAGGGAAUAGUUUCUCCAUGUUUGACACACCGUACUGCAAAGUGGGCCUGGGCAUCUGCUAUGAUAUGAGAUUUGCUGAGAUGGCUCAAAUCUACGGCCAGAAAGGUUGCCAGCUGCUGAUAUAUCCAGGGGCUUUUAACAUGACAACAGGACCAGCUCAUUGGGAACUCUUACAGAGGGGAAGAGCUGUUGAUAAUCAACUCUAUGUAGCUACUGUAUCUCCUGCUAGAGACGAAAAAGCAUCCUAUGUUGCCUGGGGACACAGCACUGUGGUAAAUCCUUGGGGUGAAGUCAUAGCCAAAGCUGGGGCUGAGGAAACAGUUGUAUACACAGAUAUAGAUCUAAAGAAACUUGCAGAAAUACGUCAGCAGAUUCCUAUUUUAAGCCAGAAGCGUUCUGAUCUCUAUGGUGUAGAGAUGAAAAAGUGAAGCUGGGUGAAGAGGAAAGGUUCAGCUGUCACAAUGGUUGUUGCCUUCAUCUUUGGAAGGAUUUCCUUAGUAGUUGCUCCACAACUUACUACCUAAUGUGCCAGUAAAGAAACCACCACAUAACAAAAAACUUGGUGUAAUUCUACUAUGAUUGAAAUGUAACUUUUGUAUCUCCUCUCAUACUUAAGUAUUUCGUAGUAUUUUACAGCUAGGAUAAAGAUGGAGAUGAAAUCAGUUCAACACAGCAGUGAUUAACAUUGAUUUUUAUGCAUCAUAAUGUUUUAGUUACCUUCUGAGGGCUGUUUUGUAGAACACAGAAAUGGAAAUUUUGUUCUCUGAAACUCCUUCUCAAGUCAGCUUUAGUAUUAUGAAUUCUUCAGUGAAUUGUCAGAAAAUCUAGAAGCAUGAUUCUUCUUACUCUGUCCUUUUUAGAUGUACAUGACUUAACCAAGGUCCUUGAAUGCCCUACUUCUAACUUGGGAAGCUUAAAAUUUAACACACUGAGCAAAACAGGCCAAACUCUGCUCUGUGCCACUCAGGACACCUCAAGAAGCUGCCAGACAGAGCUGCUCCUAUAGAAGAAUCUGUAACAGCUUUUGGUUCAUGUGUUUUGUCUGGAUCUGUGUAUUAAAUUUUCCUUACGACAAAUCCCAAUCCCGUUCAUUGCUGAAGUGACAAGAGUUACUGUGUUGUUACAGUAAUUCACACGUUGCCACACCUUUGCUCUCCAUACUGCUCCUUAUUAGAAUGUCUAAGUGCCUGGAAAAGGCUGAGGGGAAUCAGAUUGGAAAACCUGCUGCACUAAGUCCUUCUGCCCAAUGCUUGAAUGCAUUAUUGCUACCAUGGGCAGCUCCCAUCCACUGCAGAGAAAACAUUCCAUACUGUGCUGCUUUUGCUGGAGACAAACUGCUUGUGAAAGAUGGCUUUAAAAUACUGCAAACCAGCCAAGCACGUUGCGCUUUUGGUUUUGGGGUUUCUUUUUUGAAGGAAGACAUCUUUUAAUAUAAAAAGAAUGUACAAAUUAUGCUUUUUAUUCCUUGGAAUGAAAAAAAGAAGCAACUUACCAGCCUUCAUUGAUAAACUUGCUUUUUCAGCAGCAUAAAACAGCCUAAGGCUGUAAGGCUAAAAGAGAUUUCAAAAUACAAAAAUGGGAGGGAGAGAAGGUUUUGUCGUGCUCUAGCUAACCACAUUUCCCCCAAAACCAUCUUACAUUUUAUUCAUGUUCAGCAAUUCUCCUCUUCCCACAGUUUUUUGGUUUUGUGGGGGUUUUGGUUUUGUUUUGGCUUUUUUCUUUAACAUUUCGGCUUCUCUGCAAUGAGCUUGGUGUGUGUUUUAUAAACACAAACAGACACUCAGCCAAACCCCAACACAUCCUUCCCCUCAAAAGCCAGAUCCCACCAUUCCACUCGGUGGCAUUCUGUAUCAGCAGGUAUUUUUGGUCUGUACUUUUCACUGCAUUUUGGUGUACAUACUGCACUGGAACUUUUAAGAAACAAGCCACAGAGCACAAGGUGAAAUGAAGGUUUAUUUGUUGAAAAAUAAAUAUUAAAAAAUUAACAAUUUA